AUGUGGCAGGGCCAGUCGAACAUUUUGGUCGUCGUGCGCGUCCGACCGCUUCUGAAGCACGACCUCGGCGACCGCCACAUCGUCAAGGUGCUGGAGCGCAAGGUCUGCGUGAUCCUGGACCCCCAGCGCGAGGACGACCGGAAGAACGUGCUCCGGCAGCACCGGUCGCGGGAAAAAAAGUACGCGUUCGACUACGUCUUCGACGAGGAGGACCGCCAGCUCGCCGUCUACAACCGCACGACCAAGUUCCUCAUCCAGGGCGUGUUGGACGGCUUCAACGCCACGGUCUUCGCCUACGGCCAGACGGGCGCGGGCAAGACGUUCACGAUGAUCGGGAGCCACGAGGAGCCGGGCAUCGCGCCGCGCGGACAUCGGACUUCAAAAUUCUCGAGCUCGGCCACAUCGAAGUCGAUUCGGAUCAAGGUCACGGUGAGCUUCCUCGAGGUCUACAACGAGAACAUUCGGGACCUGCUCGGGUCCUGCGAGGACCCCGCGGACGUCGGCGGCGCGGCCAAGGAGGCGUCGGAGUUUUUGGACCUCCGCGAGGACCCGCUCAAGGGGCCCGUCGUCGCCGGCAUCACGGAGAUCGAGGCGAACUCGGCGACGGAGGUCAUGGCGCUGCUCCAGCGGGGCAACGCGAAGCGGAGCCAGCACGCGACGGCCGCGAACGAGGUCUCGAGCCGGUCGCACGCGGUCUUGCAGAUCACGGUAGAAACCCGCGAGCAGGCCGAGGGCACGCGCGCGGCGAUCCAGAUCGGGAAGCUCUCGCUGGUCGAUUUGGCCGGCUCCGAGCGCGCGGCGAACACGAAGAACCGGGGCGACCGCCUCAAGGAGGGCGCGAACAUCAACCGGAGUUUGCUGACGCUCGGCAACUGCAUCAACGCGCUCGGCGACAAGUCGAACCGGGGCCAGUUCGUGCCCUACCGCGACUCGAAGCUGACGCGGUUGCUCAAGGAUUCCCUGGGCGGCAACUGCCGCACGGUCAUGAUCGCCAACAUCUCCGCGUCGAACGCGUCCUUCGAGGAGACGCUGAACACGUUGAAGUACGCGAAUAGGGCCAAAAACAUCAAGACGGACGUGAAGAGAAAUGUAUUAGAGGUGAACCACCACAUCUCGGAGUACGUGUCCCUCAUCCAGAACUUGAGGAAUGAAGUGACGGUGUUGAAGCAGCAGCUCGCGAACUCGACGACGGGGCCCGGCGGCGCGGUUUUGGAGGACCUGCCGCUCGACGCGCUCCUCGACGCGCCCCGGGCGUCGGCGCCGGCGCGCGUCGCGAAGACGCCGGGCGCGGACAAGGCGGCGCUCAAGGAGAUGAAGGCCUGGAUGCAGGAGAACUUCCGGGAGCGCAUGCAGCUCCGGCGGACGCUCAUCGAGCUCGAGGACCAGAACGUGCAGAACUCCAUCGAGAUCGGCAAGCGCCAGAUCAUCGUCGCGGACUGGAACGCGUCCCGCGUGCAGACGCCCAAGGCCGGGCCCUCCGGCGAUCGCGUCGCGGUGCUGCUGGCCGACGCGCCGGAACACGUCACGGCCGCCUACGGCGAGUGCGAGCAGCUCCGCAAGGCCAUCGAGAAGAACGGCCGCACGAAGGGCGAGACGAAGAAGCGGCUGCGCGAGAACGAGAAGGGCGCCGAGCGGUUCCACGCGGAGCUGCGGAACGACCGCCGCGUGACGUCCGACGAGCGCCGCGAGCUCCUGGAGCUCAUGUACCGCGCUGUGUGGAAAUCUUCAACCCGACUUCAAUUUGCGCGUAAUUGA